CCCCUCCUCCAAACACCUCGUGCUCCCCUCAGAUCCUCCGCCCUCCCUCCCUCCUCCAGCCUGCUCAGCCCCCACUCGCCGCCAUCCGGAUCCAUGGUGGCGUCCAUGCUCCUGCGUGCGUCCCGUGUCGCGACUCGCGCCGCUUGCUCAGCUGUGUCUGCUGCAUCUCGCCGUGCAGCCGGGGCGGGUUCAGCCGGUGCGGCCGUUCCAGAUCUGCUUCUGCCCAGAUCCACCCCCGUCGCCUCUCCGCUCUUCGGGAGGUACCAGGCAUCUCGACGUACAGCCGUGGCGUGUUUAGGUGGUGCGGGCGCCCAAGAUCUGCUUCUGCGCAGAUCCACCCCCGUCGCCUCACCGCCGUUCGGGAGGUGCCUGUCCUCCCUCAUGGCCCGUUCCGAUCAAGGCACACUUGAGCCUCUAACUCGUCCUGCCUUUGAGGUCGACGACAAGGACCUCGAGUCAGAUGAAGCCCUGUGGGCCUUUUAUGAGCGCUGGUGCAAGUUUUGGGGUCAGGAGCGGAGCCGUGAAGAGAUGCAGCGUCGCUUUGACUUGUUCAAGGAUACUGUACUGUUUGUGCACCGUUGCAACAAGAAUGGCGACCAACUUGAAGUAGGCAUGUUUGCUGAUGGGAAGCUAGCUGAGCAACAAGUAGGCGUGUGCAAGGAGGUUUUUGAAAGCCUGCCUUACUCCAAGUCACUUAUUAUUGGGAGAGCUGGUCCCAUUCUCUUCAAUAAUAAAUAAAGGCUCCGAGUAAGAGGAUUUUAUUUUUGUGCUUUAUCCACCCCCACCCCGCUAAGCACAUCAUGCGGUGUGCGACAGUGCGAGGUCAGGAUUGUUCAGGGCAGGGAAUUUGGUGAUAAGAUUGGAAAAUUCAAUCAGAAAUCGCCACGUCGACCUGCAAACUUAGCUACACUGAACAUUGACAGCACUUUGUACAUUUGCUCGGCAAUGUCUAGAGUAGAUUUUCCUUCUGUUUGCUGCUGACAAGAUGCACCAAAGCGAGAAUUCGAGUAAAAUACAUUGCAUUGUACAACAGGCUCUGUGCUAAGGGUUCUACUUGUACAAAGUGAUUAUGCAAGGCAGGUUGAAAUUGCAUUCUA